AAGUUAUCUAUCGGCCGUCUCGCAAGUUGCAGCAUCAUUGCAUAGACGCGUGUGCUGCCCUGAAGUUUGAUACGACAUGCACUGCAAUCGAGCGUGAGUGUUUGCCAGGACAGGACACCUACCUGUGGAGUGAUUUGAAAACAUGUACGCAGCAGAUGUUUUUGGCAGCACCACGACCCAGCUUCCGCCGCCAACUAUGAGUGGAGGCAAAACUUUUAGCUUCUUGGACUACUUUGUUUUUUGCUCUCUGAUGCUGACUUCGGCCGUGAUUGGCGUCUAUUUCGCCUUUUUCGCCAAGCAAAAGCAAAACACAACCAAGGAAUACCUCAUGGGAGGCAAGAACAUGGGAAUUUUUCCCAUCACAAUGUCACUUGUUGCCAGCUACAUCUCUGGCGUGUCCCUGCUCGGCGUACCCGCCGAGAUCUACACUUUCGGCACUCAGUACGGCGUAAUCAUUAUAGCCGAGGUUCUGGUCUGUGUGCUUUGCUCUUACGUGUUCAUGCCAGUGUUUUACAAAUUGCAACUGUACUCAUCUUUCGAGUAUUUGCGGAUGAGGUACGACAACUCGGUCCGACUCUUCCUCUCGGUGCUCUACUGCCUGAUGACAAUCUUGUACACGCCGCUGAUCAUCUACAUCCCGUCGCUCGCGUUCAGCCAAGUGUCGGGCAUCAACUUGUACGUUGUGGCGGUUGCGACGUGUGCCAUUUGCAUUUUCUACACUAGUUUGGGAGGUUUAAAAGCCGUGGUAUGGACGGACACGGUGCAGUCCUUCGCAAUGAUCUUGGGCGUCGUGGCGGUGACGGUGCUGGGCACGAUGGACGUCGGCGGCGUAGGCGUCGUGCUGGACCGGGCGGCCGCCAGCAACAGGCUCGAGUUCUUCAACCUGGACCCGAACCCACUGGUGCGGCACACAUUCUGGACCGUGGUAAUUGGCAACUUCUUCAUGUGGCUGUCACACAUCGCGGCCAACCAGGCCAUCCUGCAGCGCUGCCUCGCGCUGCCCACCGUCGGCAAGGCUAGAAGGGCUCUGAUUUCGCUCUCGAUUGGAAUUUCCCUGUUCGUCGUUUUCAGCGUCUACUCGGGCUUGGUCAUUUACGCCAAAUACCACGACUGCGAUCCAGUUUAUUCGCAAGCCAUUCGAAAAGUGGAUCAAAUUCUUCCCUACACGGUCAUGGACUUGUCCAAUAGCGUUCCUGGAUUUCCUGGAAUUUUCAUCGCUGGAGUUUUCAGCGCUGCACUAAGCUCGAUGUCGACGAUGCUGAACUCGAUGUCUGGCGUGAUCCUGCAGGACUUCAUUCGGCCGUUGUGGGGCGAGCGGCCGUUGUCCGAGCGGGCCGCCAGCACCAUCAUGAAGACGAUCGUGGUGCUGAUUGGCUCUGUGUGCGUGGCCAUGACGCUGAUCGUCGAUCGACUCGGGGCGAUCAUCCAGGUCAGUCGAACUCUGAGCGGAAUCACCGCAGGAGCGUCGCUCGGCAUAUUUGUGCUGGGGAUGACGGUGCCGUGGCUUAAUGCAAAAGGGGUGCUGUACGGCGGCAUCGCAAGCCUGUUCUCGGCUGGCUUCGUCGCCUUUGGAUCGCAGCACGCCCUCAGGAGUGGCACGCUCAGAUUCGCCAACAGGCCGCUUUCGGUUGACGGCUGCCUUUACGACUUCCCCGCCACCAACGCGACGCUCAACCACGAGUCCGUCGAGGAGGCGUUCUGGGUAUUCCGCAUUUCCUACCUCUACCUGACGGUAGUGGGCUUCGUCACCAUGGCCGUCGUGGCGACCAUCGUCACCUGGAUCACCGGGCCGAACGACCUCAGCAAGAUGAACCCCGACCUUUUCAGCCCCUACGUGCAGUUCCUCUUCCCCAAGAAGCAGCAGAUUCCAACCGACGAGGCCAACGAUGCUGAGCUCAAACUUUUACAAAAAGCGGCAGAGGCUGGGGAGUGAACCUGACGAAAAUCGAUGGACCUGACUGAGAAAAUGUAUUUUCUGAUGCGACGCAAAGGAUGAAAUAAAACUUAAUUUUCCAGCUGAUUGAA